CGUAAAUCCACGGUGAAGCAGACUCCGGCGAACACCCGGAGCCUCACCUUCAAAAGAUUGAAAUCUGGUUUCGGCAUGCUGAAAUCCGCCCCCUUGCGAAAGCAGACCCCCACGUCGAAACGGAGCCACAAGCGCAACGCAGAUCCUGAAGCAGGACCGGAAAGGGGCAAUCCCGCCGAGGAGAGCCCGACGCACUCAGACGACACUGAUCCAGAAAACCCCACUGUCGGAAAGCAAAGCAGCGGUGUGUCCACUACGGUUGCAUCUAAACGAUCCUUCCGAUCGCUCGCCCUUGGUGGGCGGUCACGUGUCCUCGGUAGGCUGUUCGGCGCGGGCGCUGCAACGCGGGAUUGGGAUGACGAUGAGGACGAGGACGAUGCCCAAACCAACAAGCGACUCAGUCAAAACUCCACUGACGAAUACUCCGCCAUCAAUUUUCAUUCUUCUCGCGCGAUGCAGACGAUACGGAGUCUCACACCGUCGGUGGUGCAGGAUGUAGGCACGAGCACGGAGAUGCUGUUGCGGGAGACCUUUCUGUCCGGUGCGCACAUGAUCAAAAACGUGUUCCCCUUGGUCCAGAAGCAAUCCCACGUCAUGCUGAGCAACAACGUUUGUGUGGUGGUUUCGAAUCUUCCGGCCAACAUCGGCAGGAGGAAAAGUGGCGGCAGUGUAGGGCGGGUUCCUGGUUCGGGUGGUACGGCAUCGACAAAAGUGAAACGCUCGAAGUCCUUGCGGAAAAGAACCAAGAGCAGGAAAUCGAACGCUUUUGAUACCACCUCCACCUUCGGUGGUGACAAGACAGGUAUUGACACGGCUGCACCCGAUCUUGGCGACUGCGGGGGAGUAGAUUUUUCCCCUCGCAGUGCUGGUGAUGCUGUGCUAGCUCCUACGGACCCUCAUGCGGACACCAGUACCAAAGAAAAAGAUGCAGAAGAUACUUCAACCAUAUUCAGCGGGCUCUCCAAGAGCGCGCACCUGCGUAGUGGCAGAUGGGCUAGAACAACCGUCGGCGCCGGUAGCAACUCUAGCGCGGAUCUCAAUGGAGGAGCGACUAGCAGCAGGGGCGCAGGUUCCUCUUCUCCAUUAAGGCGAAACAACCAACGAACCAGGACGGAAGUUUUUACGGAAAAACUAAAGCAAACGGUUUUAACGGGCAGUAAAACGGCCAAGGAACGGAAAAAACGAGACGAGGAGAGGGCGGCAGGGGAUCAGUCGGUUGGGCUUCACGUCACAACGUCGCGAAAAAGCGGUCGGGCGAGUAUUGGAUUAGGACUGCUGGCGAAACCGAAUGAGGAAAGUGCGAAGUUGCCGGGUGCGGGAGCUACACCAAAUAGCGCGUCUGCUGCAACGGGAAGCGCGCACUCGCAGCGAGCGACAUCGAGCUUCGACUUUUUCGGAAGUUUGUCCACGGGUAGAUUCAAACGCAACAGCACGUUGGCAGCAGGUUCGACGGAUGAUUUGGUAUCAGCUCCUGACGGAAAGAGCGAGCGCGAUGCUCAAGUAGAAGUGCCGAAACAGGACGAUGAGGAAGAAUCCCUGGACCCCGUGUUGCCCAAGAUCACUGAACGAUCUGAAGCGCCGGAUGUUGCAGGCAAGAAGACUUUCGGCCCUGCUGCAAAGGAGGCGACAAAAGAUAAUGAGAAGAACAAGCUCGGUAUUCCUGGAGGUGGUGGACAGCAACAGCUGAGAGUCGGUUUUCGCUUCUCCUUGGUUUCCUCCAUUUCCAAGCAGAGCUUCCGGCCCAGCGUCACGAAACAGGAAACUACGGACUCGGCAGCUGGUGGUGUCACUUCUGCGGCGUUGUUUUCCCCUUCGAAGUUCAACGCGACCAAGGCCGUGCGCGCUUUGGACGUGAAUGCGACAGACGCGUUUUCCGCGAUGACGAAAGCCAACAGCUUGAUCAAGACUUUGGCCGGGUUCCAAACCGACAAACGGUUCUUCGCCCUGCGGGGGACCAACGCGAAAAUGAACGCGGCGACGCGGGGUAAGAUGCGUAGUCAGAACCCGGUGAUCGACGAAAUGCUGGAAGAGAUGAAUCUUGAGGUGUCUGCCGCGCAUGUCGCCGUUGUCGAGGAUAUCUGCGACGCAUUUCAGCUUCGGGUCUUUCUCCGUUACAUGGCACGGUACAUUGUGAAAUUGAUGACGUGUUUCGCCUUCUUGGCGACGCCGACGGUCGCAAGCUUGACCCCGACGAAGUAUUUGCCUGGGUUUAACGAGUACUACGAUAGCCACGCUUCAAGUGUUGAAAACAAGAACAGUCGGCAAACCAUUUUUUUCGGAACAGACUCCCGGACCACGUUUCUCCUGAUGGUGUGCACGUUUCUGGUUUUGGACUCGUUAGAGGCGGUGUUUCUGCUCUCCCAGGUGUUGCUGAAGUUCACGAAUAAGCCGAAGGAAAAAAUCAAAAAGUACAAUGCGAUUUUAGCGAACAAACCCCUGCGCUGGAGUUGCACGACGUUUUUAGUUUACGCCUUGAUGGACGUCUUUCAGACCAGGUGGGAUCCUUGGAGUCAGAGACUUUGGGAGGAGGAGAUUGGCGUGGAAGGAAAUACGGGUGGUGGUAUAGGCGAAGUAAAGCCUUCUGGUCAGGGUCUAAUGGCCAUGCUCUUUCAAGCCUGUGAGGAAGACAUUUUUAGUUUAUUCUAGGUGGCAGUUUUUGGGCGAUGAAAUAUUGAAACUUGUCCUUCUAGUAGGUACAACGUGGUUAAAGUUUACAAUUUCAUUUUUCAUCAUCAAAUUGGAGAUUGAUGCUGGACUUUGCAUAAAAAUAUAAAGCUUACCUGAGUGUGCGAGACUCUAUCAUAUCGGUUGCGAAACAAGAGCCCUCGGGAAAAAGGUAAAAGCCAAGUUCACGUUGUGUCGUUGCCUGCAAAAGGUAAAAGCGAAGAUCGGGGAGUCGGAGUGGUCUUCAGCUCUUGUAAAAAAUAGCCCGCGAUUGGAGAAAGACAAGGACAUGAAAGUGGAUUCGAGUUAGAACAACAUGCGUUUUACAUAAUUGUAGUAAAAGUGACGCUGGUGGAGCUGGUGCCGGUGCGCAAAGUAGAACCAAUUAAUUCGAAUGAAU